UCAAGUUACGUCAAGCUAGUCUUUAUAGGAUAGCUCAUCUUCUCGUCGUUGUGGACUUUUCGGCAAAGGCCGGGCAAGUGGAACUACGCCGGUGAAUUCAGACUUUCAGAAGACUUUUCAUCUACGCAGCAGCUGAUGCUCCAAGAGGUUCGACCAAAGAGUGAGACAAAGUAGUCAGGGCUCAUUUAAUUAGACCGCCCGCUUCAGCACAACAACAGUGGGACCGCUCGUGGAACGUCUCGCAAUAGAAACUCUAAAAACGAGCGAUUUUUGAACGAAAUCACCGAAGAUUCAAGAGACAAACUGAACCGUUGAUAUCUUUGAAAGUGAAGAAGAAAAUCCACUCAGUAAAAUACUUCAGUCACUUCGCCACAAUGGAUUCCGGAAAGAAAAUAACCUUUCCGCUGUUGAUGAGUGUUGGAACAGCUGUCCUUGGCUCCCUGCAGUUCGGCUACAACACGGGUGUCAUCAACGCUCCUCAGAAGAUUAUUGAAAACUUUAUCAAUAACACAUGGUUGGAACGUUACCAAGAGCCCAUCACCAAGGUCUCCCUCACGGCCAUUUGGUCCCUCUCUGUAUCCAUCUUCUCUGUUGGGGGCAUCGUCGGCUCAUUUUCAGUUGGACUCUUUCUCAACCGCUUUGGAAGGAGGAACUCAAUGCUCAUGGCCAACAUUCUAGCCUUCAUUGCAUCUGCACUAAUGGGUUUUUCAAAGAUGGCCAAGUCAUGGGAAAUGCUAAUCGUUGGUCGUUUCGUGGUUGGCCUUUAUUCCGGCCUCUCCACCGGCUUCGUUCCCAUGUAUGUGGGCGAGGUCUCCCCAACUGCUCUGCGAGGCGCCCUCGGCACACUUCACCAGCUGGGUAUCGUCAUUGGCAUCCUGAUGGCUCAGGUGUUUGGUUUGGAGGUGAUCAUGGGUAAUGACCAACUGUGGCCAUUGCUCUUAGCCUUCAUCUUCAUCCCGGCUAUAGUGCAGUGUAUUCUACUGCCUCUGUGCCCAAAAAGCCCUCGAUAUUUACUUAUAAACAAAAAUGAAGAAAGCAAGGCCAAAGCAGUUCUGAAAAAGCUCCGAGGCACCAACGACGUGAGCUCUGACAUGCAGGAGAUGAAAGAGGAGAGCCGGCAGAUGAUGAGAGAGAAAAAAGUGACAAUCCUGGAGCUUUUCCGAUCACCGCUUUACCGUGAGCCCAUCUUCAUUGCUGUCAUGCUACAGCUCUCCCAGCAGCUUUCUGGUAUCAACGCUGUUUUCUAUUACUCGACACUAAUCUUUGAGAAAGCCGGAGUGCAGCAGCCUGUCUACGCCACCAUUGGAGCUGGUGUUGUUAACACUGCUUUCACCGUUGUGUCUUUGUUUGUUGUUGAGCGUGCGGGACGUCGGUCUCUGCACCUCCUGGGUCUGUUGGGCAUGGCUGGAGCUGCCGUCCUUUUGACGAUAGCCUUGGCUCUGCUGGAUCAGCUUGAGUGGAUGUCUUACGUGAGCAUUGUGGCCAUCUUUGCCUUUGUGGCCUUCUUUGAGAUCGGACCAGGUCCCAUUCCUUGGUUCAUCGUGGCGGAGUUGUUCUCACAGGGACCCAGGCCCUCAGCCAUGGCUGUAGCUGGCUUUUCUAACUGGACGGCUAACUUUAUAGUGGGAAUGGGCUUCCAGUAUGUGCAGGAGCUGUGUGGUCCCUAUGUCUUCAUUAUCUUCGCUGUGUUGCUGCUCCUGUUCUUCGUAUUCACCUACUUCAAAGUGCCAGAGACAAAGGGGCGAACGUUUGACGACAUCGCUGCCGGAUUCCGUCAGACUGCCGGCGGGGGAGGAGAGAAACUCAAUCCAGAGGAGCUCAACAGCUUGGGAGCUGACUCUCAGCUCUAAACAACAACAGCCCACAAACUUUCCUUUAAGAACCUGUUGCAGGCCGAAAGCGAACUUCAGAGGUCUGUUUACGAUGAAGUAGACAGAUUAUUUAGGAUCAUUUUCACCAUGUCACCACAUUUCGGAAGUCGCCAGCAAAUGCAUUGCAGACCAGCGCGAUUCGCCAUCUCCUGUAGCUCUCCUCAUGUUGCAGACAAAGAAAUGAACAGGAUGGGCACCGAGUGCCAAUUUGGAUGCAAGCGGAGGGAGGAGUUGAGCGUUUGGAGAUGGAGAGUUUUUAAACAAAGUAUUUUUUUAGAAGGAAAGGUGUCUGCAUCAACCAACCAGCUUUUUUAAUGUAUCUUUUUUCACGGUGUAUGUUACUGAUCUAUGUUUUUAACUUCUUGUUUUCUUUUCAUGUUACAGCACAGGGUGUUUCUUAUUGUAGGACUAAGUUAACUUUGCUAAAAAAUAUCACUUCAUACUGUAAUUCUGUGUCACUGUAAACUUCACACUGUAGAUGCUGCAGAGAUUUACCGUCUUCUCUCUGCAGGACGGGGCUCGGGCUCCUCCUGGAAGAAAAAAGAUAUUAUUGUUCUUACUGACUGCACAUGAGGUUAUUUGCAGAGAUAAUCGGAAUGCUCUCUAACCCCAAUUCACCGUUUUUGUAAAAAAUACUCUGUUCUAGAGAACAUUUUAUUCCAAAACAUCGUCACGGAUGGUCCAUUCCUGCAUUUGAACGCCAUUCCUUCUGAACAAAUUCUGACAUUAUUCAUCUGAGAUGUGGAGGUGAAAGUCAUCUGCUGAACAAGGUGGUCAUAUUUAAAUGAUCUUAAAAUCUUUUAAUGCAGAAUAAGAAUUACAAACUGGUAACAUUUAGCUAAAACACAAAAGUCAAUUUUAGGUCAAGAAAGUGACUCGGUUAGAGCUGCCGUAGUCCUGGUUUCAGUCAGGAUCUGUUCUCUGAACGUGAAGCAGAGAAACCAUGCGGACCAAAAAGUAUGUCGGCCCCUGAGGAAGAUUUCCAUUGUUAUGAGCGUGAGUGUCAUGAGCAUCGGCUGAAACCCCACCAGCAGUUUUUUAAAAAUUCAUUCUAAGUAGGCAGCAUUUUUUAAGCUUUGAUGCAAACGAGGAGCUGUGCUAUUAAAACUGAAAUGUCCAUCACUGUGAAGCUUUUUCACGCGUUCACAAGCUGCUGUUUCCUUGCUGUAUCCCAAGUGACCCCCCCCCCCCCCCCCUCCUUUUUGAAUGCCUUCUAGUUAUCUUGUAAGCAGCACUUUAUUUUUCUGUUGAGCGCUGAGUUGAAAUGGGUUCCUUCCUUGGAACUGUGAGGCGGCUGAAAUGCUGCUGAUGGAUUACUCUGUUGUAUCCUACGAUGGAGAAUGUGUGGAGUUAGUUCACAUCUGUCAAUAUCUUGGUCAUGUUCUGAGUCAGAUCCCUUUAACGCAAAUAGCAAAAAUGGACAAAUCAUGCCAGAAUUGGCUGGUAUAUCAUAAAAAAAGCACUGCAACUAAACUUUGUGCCUUUUUUUCACAGAUUCCCCAGCAAAAUCAUGUAACUGCUGUAACUGCACUCCCCACACUGACUGAUGUCAUGUUGAUGUAAACACAUCCAGUCUUCUUGGGCAUUGACUUUUGUAUUAAGUGACAUGUCAUGGUCAAGGAACGCUGCGUUUAAGACACACGAUUGUUUGUAAAUAUGAAACCCAGGUCACCUGCACCCACUCCACUGAUAGCAAAUAUUUAACUUGGACAUCGAUUUGUGUAUUUUUUAACUUCAUAGAUAAGUUAUUACAAGUAUAUUACUGUAGAUCUUCAUGUGUGUAGACACAGCCACCUUUUUUUUUUGGUGUGAUGCCUAAAGAUGUUGCGGUGUUAGAUUUUUACAUGAAAGGAUUUGAGUAUGUUGUAACUUUAGUGCACAAAACAUUGUAAUAUUUGCUAUAAACCAGAUGUAUGUGUGGUGUUGGAACAUGAGCCUAUUUUGAGGCUUAUGACAUGGGCAAUGCUGUAUGCAUAAAUGGUUUAGUCAAUAAAUUAAAAAAGUAAAUACAAA